UCACAUUCAUUUAGUCCCGCUUACUGUAGUUAUACCAGCAACAUCUAGUAAUCCACGUACCUACCUCAUUAAUUUUGUGGAAAAUAUGGCGACUACAGCUGCAGAACAAAAUACACAAGUAAACCACAUAACUGAAGAAGAUAUUAAACUCAUUUUAGCACAUUACAAUCGUGCCAAUGAAGAAAUUGUAAUAGAAGAUUAUUCAGUUCACAACGCUAGUGAUAAAAUGUUGGGAUUUUUGGCUGAAUACUGGAAAGUGAAAGUGCUGUUAUCAAGCCGAAAAGUUCUUCAUUUCUUCAUCAAGGCCAUUUCGAGAUCCAAUGCAGCUAAAGCAAGUAUGAUAAAAGAAAUGCGUCUGUACGAUAAAGAAGCGUUUUUUUAUUCUGUGAUCAAGGAAAAUAUUGAAGUGCCGGGUAUCAAACCCUGGGCAGCGCGGCUAAUAACAGCCCUAAACGACGCAAUGGUUUUUGAAGAUUUAAAUGCGAAACAGUAUAAAUUGCGAAACAAAUUCGUGAGGUUUGACAUAGCUCACACUCUUCAGGCGUUGAAGACAUUAGCCAGGUGUCAUGCAUGUUCAAUUAUUUAUGAAGAGAAGAAAACUAAAGAAAAUGGAACAAAGUACAGCAUAAAUGAUGACUAUAAAAAGUCUUUGGAUAAGGGUGGUUACCAUCUAUCUUCCGAGUGGUUCUAUCAGUGCAUGGUCGGAGCAUUAGAAGCUAUUAAAUCACUAUCGGACUUCAAUGAAGCAGACAUUAAAUUGAUCGAAAGUUGCUGGCAAGAUGUUUGGUCCACUGCUUUAAGUUUAGGCGAUUAUUCUUCUCAUCAGAAGAAUGUAAUCUGCCAUGGGGAUUUAUGGAACAAUAAUAUUACGUUUCAUUAUAAGGAUGACAAGAACCGGUUGGAGCCAGACGACUGCGUACUGGUUGAUUUCCAGGCGAUCAGGUACCAACCACCUGCUGGGGAUGUCAUGUUACUACUCUGUUGUAAUCUAGAUCCAAAAUUCAGAGAAGAAAACCUUGACACGUUUUUGAACUUCUAUUACGAAGAACUAGGUAAAAUACUUGAUGAUUAUAAUGUAAAAAUUGAAGAAGUAAUGUCGAAAUCAGAAUUUAUGACGUCUGCCGAAGAACAAAGGCAAUGGGGUCUCAUUGUAUGUGCCUGCCUAAUACCACAGUUUUGGAUAGACGACGAUCUAACGACAAAAAUAUUCUGCGACAAUGAGCAAUUUGACGAGAUUUUAUCAAAAAACAAAGGAUUAUUUAUUAAGAAAAUGAUGCAAGAAAAUUCUGAUUACAGACAGAAAGUCAUGGAAAUCUUUAACGAAGUUGCAGAUAGAUAUUGUUUACUUACAUCACAAAUAGCAUAUUAAGGUGAAUUCUGCAUACGUAAUUUGUAUAUAAUGAACAAUUUGUUUAUACAUUAUAAUAAAUGCGUACAUACAGAACACAUAAGGUAAUAAACAUACAUUAUACCUCUACAUACAGUU